AUGGAUAGACUUUCCUUGACAAGGGCUAUGACUUUGAUUUUCAUUGGAAAAGUUCCCACGGUCAAGACUUUCCUUGACAAGGGCUAUAACUUUGAUUUUCAUCGGAAAAUGUUCCCACGGUCAAUCAAUAAUUUUCGCAUUUUUGAGUAUUUGCUCCUUCUUCCUUCCCUCCUCCUCCUCCUACUCAAUCAUUUUCACAUUUUUGACCAUUUGCUCCUCAUUUUCGCACUUUUGAGUAUUUGGAUUUUCGCACUUUUGAGUAUUUGCUGCUCCUCCUUCUUCCCUCUCUCCUCCUCCUCCUCCUCCUACUAUAGGCUCAUCCUCUCCAAUUUUCGCAUUUUUGGCUAUUUACCUUCUGCCCUUCUCCUCCUCCUCCUCCUCUCUUAA